GCUGAACUGAUGAACGAUGUCUUCAGCUUACUUUCACGGCACAGGAUUCAACUAGAGGCCAGCUUUGCAACCAUCAUAUUAGCUAUUGCCAUGUUGGAAGGCUUGGGGAAAUCUUUGGAUCCAAAUCUUGACAUUUUAGCAAAGGCUCGGACUGUGUUAUUGGGGGCUGCCAUCAGAGGCACAUGAACCAGUCAUGGUAGGUAUGCCUUUAUCACUUUUCAUCGACUUGUCGCCAAAGGGCGUCCUCAUAACACAGCAACAAGAGAAACUCUUGAACAAUCUCUUUGGCUUUGCAUGUACGCAUCUUAACUUCAUACACGGCUUGACAGGAAAAUGGCUUGUUCAAAGUCUGAUAAUAGUCAAAUAUUGUGUUCUUUUGCAGUGAGCAAUAGCAAUUCUGUUUAAAAUGGACUCAGAUGAUGAAUUGAUAAGAAUUUAUAUGUAUGGACUCAGAUGAUGAAUUGAUAAGAAUUUAUAUGUAUUCGACAUAAUUCCUCAGUUAAUAAUGCCACCUGUAGUAAUAAAGAUUCCUGUAUUUUAGUCAAUCAAGAUAUAUACAAAGUUAUUGAGUUUACGGUAUUUACAACCUUAUUUUUCACCAAAGUGGGGUGGUAAAUUCAUGUGGUAAGAUGGGUUAUUUCACUCUGUACGCUAUGUGUAAUAUAAUGUUAUAAGCCCUGGGCUUCUAAACUCAAACAUUGGUUUUGAACUUUGGAAGUAAUUGCAGGGGGGAUAUUUACAUGGUAAAUCAACGAAAGGGAGAUGAAUGGAUUAUGUAGCUGUCCCCCUUAAUAUGCUGUCAUUUAUUAAUAGUAUGGUUCUUUUCUGUAUAAUUCUUUGUGGACACAUUUAAAAUUACUUUGUCAUGUGUAAGGUGUUAAUGUAAAUAAUGGUUUUUGGUCCUUGACUUGAUCAGAAUGUGAACGCAUGUUCGUACAAUGUGACACAUGUUAGUUUGCACAGUACGUG